UCAUAUGUUCUUUUGACAGUGCUGACUGACAUUACAUUGUUUACGUUUAACAAAAAUUUUUCUGAAAACCAAUAAAUAAUACGAAAAAAUGUCACUACAGGAAGUUCCUACGGACGAUUUACUCUCCUUUCAAGAUUAUCCGAUCGAGGCGGUACCAGUGCACAGCCCCGGUGGCAGCAAUCGCACCGUAUCGGUACCAGUAUCGCAAAUUGACGUGUCCGGAAAUAUUAAAACGAAUUCGGCACCUUUGGACGACAAUAUGAGACGUUCCGAAGCCCCCAGUGGUUCUGGAGACGUACCAAAUGAUGAUGCCCCACCCCAAAAAGCCUUCUGGUCAAUAGAAUACUACCAAAAGUACUUCGACGUAGACACACGGGACGUCCUAGAACGAAUUUUGGCAUCAAUAACCCCAAAAUGGGAUAAUUCUUUAAAGCACCACCUACGCACUAAACCGGAUCUUUACGGACCUUUUUGGAUUUGUGUUACCUUAAUUUUCACCAUAGCUAUUAGUGGAAAUGUUGCGAGUUAUUUACAACACGCCAGCACCAAAUAUCACUGGAAAUACGACUUUCAUUUAGUGUCAUAUGCUGCUACCACGAUAAGUCUGUAUGUGACACUUGUACCGUUCACUCUGUGGGGUCUCUUAAAAUGGACUUCAAUCAGCAAUGACAUAGAAGUGCUCUCAGAAGACACAGUUACUCCAGGAGCCCUGGAACUAAUUUGCAUUUACGGUUAUUCUUUAUUCAUUUACAUUCCAGCGGCAAUUUUAUGGUCAAUACAAAUUGACUUGUUACAGUGGUUACUAACGUUGAUCGCCUCGUUGGUGUCGGGAUCUGUGUUGCUACUAACCCUUAUGCCCGCCCUAAGACUAUCUAAGCAAAAGUUUAUUUUAAUAAUUGGGAUUUUGGGAGCGCAUUUUUUGCUCGCCGCCGGUUUCAUGUGGGUCUUCUUUCAUGUACCCGGUACGGUACCGCAAAAAGAAAUUCCGGUUCACGUUUUGAGUAGUACAACCGUUAAGAGUGUGGUUGCGAAUCUUACUGGAGUCGCUGUUGCUGGAAAAUCUUAAAUGAAGUUUUUGAUGUCAUUGAGUGACUUUUAUAGUGAGUAAAUUUUUAACAGUGUUUAACUUAUUAAUAUUUAUUGCUAUCACAAGGCUAAAUAAACAAUUUCAUAUAGGCUCAAAAGCCAGAUACUUUCAAGAAUAAUUGUGAUUUUAAUUUUUUUCCAGUAUUUAUUAUGUUAUUUGUGAUUUAAAUAUUUGAUAUAUAUGUUCACUGUCUUAAUGUUAA